ACCGCGGAGAGUCCAAUCACAGCUCGCGCUCCACACCCACGAGCGCGCGCGACGAACCGCUACACAUCCGCUCCGGGGGCGCGCGCCGUGUGUCAGUGGUGUUCAGUCAGCUUGGCUUCACAGGUGCGCAGGUGCGCCGCGUUUAAAGGUACCAGUUUCUGUCGUCGGGAACGAACUCCAACCGCCAUAAAACGUCAAAGAAGAAGAGGAAGAAGAAGUCGGGAACGAGCUGAGCUUUGAAGAUUGACUGCUUGCAUUUCUUGUUUAGAAACAAGAGACUUCACUGACCCACCGGAGAGGAAGCUGCAGGACAACCUUGGAGAAAGUGACAUUGUUUAUCAUCCCCUCGCUCUUCGUAUGUGUCUUUCUGUUUCACUGAGUCAGAAUGAGGCUGAAGCAGGAUGUGAGUCCAGUAGUGGUCAUCAUAUUCAGGCUGGUGGUUUGGCUGUACUCUCUCAUCUCUUACCUGCCGUACCUGUUGCUGAGAUUGUCUGACUCGCAGUCGUUCUCCGAGUGCUCACGGAGGGUGAAGGCCCAUUCUGUGAGCGGACACCCUUCGGGACCAUACCGGGACGUCGGAGCGCUGAGGACGCUGGCCACAUGCCUACAGCCCGGGGUGAACACACUCGACCGAGUGUUUGAAUCGUCCGUAUGCCGCUUUCCACACUUCGACUGCCUGGGAACCAGAGAUCUGCUGAGUGAGGAAGAUGAAACUCAGGAGGAUGGAAGAGUCUUCAAGAAGGUGAUUUUGGGACAGUAUCGCUGGAUGUCGUAUGAUCAGGUGUAUAAAGAAGUGAGAGCUUUCGGCAGCGGGCUGGCUGCUCUAGGACAGAAACCUCUGAAAAACAUCGCCAUCUUCUGCGAGACAAAAGCGGAGUGGAUAAUAGCAGCGCAGGCCUGUUUCAUGUACAACUUCCCAUUGGUCACUCUUUACUCUACUCUGGGUGGUCCUGCUAUUGCUCAUGGACUCAAUGAAGCUGAAGUUUCUCACAUCAUCACCAGCAAAGAACUUCUGGAAACCAAACUCAAGAAUAUUUUGCUAGACGUGCCAAGAUUGCGACACAUCAUCGUUGUGGACGAUAAACUCAAGAGUGGCUCUGAAUACCCACGAGGCAUCAGUGUCCACAGCAUGGCGGCUGUGAAGAGGCUGGGGGCCCAUCCUGAGAAUGCGUCAAGGCAGAGACGGCCUCCGUGUGCGUCUGAUGUGGCUGUGAUCAUGUACACCAGCGGGUCCACCGGCGUGCCAAAAGGAGUCAUGAUCUCUCACAGUAAUAUUAUUGCUGGAAUCACCGGCAUGGCCGAGAGGAUUCCCAACCUCGGUGAGGAUGACACAUACAUUGGCUACCUUCCACUAGCUCACGUGUUGGAGUUGAGCGCUGAGAUGGUGUGUUUGGCUCACGGCUGCAGAAUCGGCUACUCUUCACCACAAACACUCGCAGACCAGUCCACCAAGAUAAAGAAGGGAAGCAAAGGAGACAUUAGCGUCCUGCGGCCCACUUUAAUGGCAGCAGUACCAGAGAUAAUGGAUCGGAUCUACAAGAAUGUGAUGCUGAAAGUGGAGGAAAUGAGUGUUUUUCAGAGGACUCUCUUUCUGUUGGCCUACAACUAUAAGAUGGAGCAGCUUGCGAUGGGAUACAGCACACCACUGUGUGACAAACUAGUCUUCCGGAAGGUUCGGGUGUUGUUAGGUGGCCGUUUGCGGGUGUUGUUGUCUGGCGGAGCACCUCUGUCUGCCGCGACCCAGCGGUUCAUGAACAUCUGCUUCUGCUGUCCUGUCGGUCAAGGCUAUGGCCUCACAGAGACCUGUGGCGCUGGGACCAUCAGCCAGCUUUGGGAUUACAGUACAGGACGAGUUGGCGCUCCGCUGGUUUGCUGUGAAUUUCAGCUGAAGGACUGGAUAGAGGGUGGAUAUCGCAGUACAGACCGGCCCUGUCCGCGAGGGGAGAUUCUGGUCGGCGGGCCCAACGUAACCAUGGGUUACUACAAGAACAAACAGAAAAACAGUGAGGACUUCUUCGUGGAUAAGAAAGGCCAGCGGUGGUUCUGCACCGGAGACAUCGGCGAGUUUCAUGGAGACGGCUGUCUGAAGAUUAUUGACCGUAAAAAAGACCUGGUGAAGCUUCAAGCGGGAGAAUACGUGUCUCUGGGAAAAGUGGAGGCCGUUUUGAAAAACUGCCCACUUGUUGACAACAUCUGUGCCUAUGCCAACAGUGACGAGUCUUACGUGAUAGGCUUUGUGGUGCCCAAUCAGAAGCAGCUGCUGGCGCUGGCUGAGAGGAAGCGUGUCAGAGGUUUGUGGGAGGAGCUCUGUAACAACCCCGUCAUCGAGGAGGAGGUGCUUAAAGUCAUCACAGAAACGGCACUGACGGCCCAGUUAGAAAGAUUCGAGAUCCCACGGAAGAUCCGCCUGAGUGUUGAGCCCUGGACCCCAGAGACCGGCCUGGUUACAGAUGCUUUUAAACUCAAACGAAAGGAGCUCAAAACUCACUACCAGAACGACAUUGAGAGGAUGUAUGGUGCCAAAUAGAGCCAAACCACUGCUGAUUCCAGACAAAACCACUGGACAGGCAAGAAAAGUUACUUAUCUCACUAUAGCAACCUCCAAUCAGGAUGGAGAUUUCCAAUGGACGUUACAGACGUGAACAUAAUCGUUUGGAAAUGUUUUCAUACAGAGUGAUGACCAACACUCACAACCAGCAAUACUUAAAGGUGCCAAAAGUGAUGUUAGCCUUGCUAACUUCUGCCAGACUUAGCUGCAAAAUCCCUUCCAAAUACAUGCAUGCUCUCCAAAAGACUGCCAUGUCAACAAAUCAGAAGUGAAAUAACUGAAAAGCAAAAAGGUUCAGUGCUGUGUAAAUAGAUGGUUACAUGCAUCCAAAUAAUCCAAUAAUAAUGGCUCAGUCAGACUGAAAACCUUCAUGUAAACACCUCGAUAUAGCUGACUGAGCUUGAUUCAAAUGACAUUUUGAUCAUUAUUGAAGUAUGUGGGGUAGAUCUGAAAAAAAUCUGUUCAAUCGGAAAAAAUUAAGAUCAUCAUAUUCAAAAAUCACUUGCACAUUUGUGCAAUGCAGAGAAAUGUUUUACGUCAUACAAACAUGUUUAUUCACGUGUCACAUUUAAUGAACUGGUCAGUGGAGGAGACUGAAUAUGUACUAAAUACAUUAUUUGCUAAAAAAAACAAACAAAAAAACAAGUUCUUACAUAUAUGUCAGUAUUCGUUUUAGAAAUCAAGGCAAAAACUGCAGUUAUGCUUGCAGCAGCUCAGGAGAAAGUGCCGGAUUGGAUUUAAACCAAUUGACAAAAGAUUACUGCAUAUAAACAUACUUAAUGUGAUUUCUCAGGACAUUUUAUACAUGUUAUUCCCCAAAAAAAGCUUCAUCACGGCUAUAAAUACUUCCCAUGAUGCUUUGGAUCUCCAAAAUGUUGCUCAGAUUCCAAAAGUCAGUUUCACAGUAGGUCAGUCUCACUCUGUGUCGCACUUAACUGUCCCAGUUAUUGUUCUUCCCCACACACAAUGCAUUAUGGGAUGUUUUUCUAAGCUCACGUUCUCAUUGAAACCUUCAGUUUCAAACAAAUACAACUUGUAGAUAUUCUAAUGAAACUCUUCCAACAUCAGUUUUCAUCAGCAAUUUUCUAUCCAAACACAUCUGGAAUACUAAAGCCAUUAUUUGCUUUUUUCAAUCUUUCCAUAACCUUCAUUUAAUACUGUCAGAAGGAGACCAAUGAUCUAGAAAAAUCUAAUAUAUUUAAGCUUAAUUUAUUGUUGAAAUAAUUAGCUUUAUUUAAAUGUAAUUACUUGCUUAUUGGAGUGUGAAAUCCCUAAAGCAUUUCUGCUCGUUGGAUGAUUCUGAUUGAUGUUCUAGGACUAGAAUGUUCUUAUUGGGUGACUGCAUAUCCUGCUGGACAGGACAAUAGAUCUAGUAUAAUUAUAAUAAUAUAAACCAUUCAAACAAGUCCAUUUAACUUUUUGACAUGAUUUCACUCAUUCCAGGGAGGUUUUCCACUGAAAUUGUUUCAGAGCAAGUUGAACUGUUUAAUUUAGAAUAAAGAAGAGACCAGAUAAGGCUUGAUGCAAAUGGAGGUGUACAUUCUUAAGAACUAGUCUGUGUUUUUGGUCAAAUAGGCAAAAUUUACUUUCUCCACUGAAGGCCAUUAUCAAUCAAUGGAAGCCAUUUCCACCUCUGAAUAAAAAUAAUAAUAAUUAUAAUAAAACAAGGUAAUUGCAACUUUUUCUCACAAUUCUGACUUUUUUUUCCCCUCACAAUUAUAGAAUUGUGUGAUACAAACUUGCAAUUCUGACUUUUCUCAGAUUUGUGAGACAUAAACUUGCAAUUGCAAGUUAUAAAGUCAGAAUUGUAAGAAAUACACUCUCAAUUCUGACUUUUUACUCAGAAUUGUGAGAUAUGAACUCACAACUGCAAGUUAUACAGUCCAAUUCUGAGGAGGAAAAAAAAGACAAUUUUCUUACAAUUGUUCCAGUUCUCAUGAGAUUAUAUCUUGCAAUUCUGACUUUAUUUCUCAGAAUUGCGAGUUUAUAUCACACAGUUCUGAGAUAAAAGUCGUUAUUACCUUCUUUACUUUUUAUUCAGUGGUGGAACCAGGCUUCCAUAAAAAAAAAAAAAACAGCUAUAUAUUCUGAAAUAAACUAAAUAUAAAAUGACAAAAAAAAAUCAGCGUAUUGUAUUAGAUGUUCUAUCUUUUUGGCAGGCUUUAAACAAUGGGAAAAAAUGUCUAUUUUUCUCUCUCUCUGCUGCAGAAAGUGAUAAUAUAGUGAUGAGUCACGUGACAUUUAUGGCUCAAAAAUACUGCUUCAGAACAAAGUGUGCUUGAAUUAAAAAGAGAGCCGAAUAUAGAUGGAGUUGAAUUAGACUUCCUUGAUUUAUGAUGCUUUUUAUUCAUAGCUGAUCUCUGAUCAAUAAAAGCGCUCCCUGUCCCUCUCUUUUUCUUUCCUCUCUGUUUGUUAAAUGAACUCACUGCGAUCCCUGUGGAAGCGCCAGUCGUAAACUCUCUGUUCUCGUUGUUUAUUUCUCUCACGCUCUCUCUCCUCUAAACAUUAUUACUUUGUCCUUUUGGUCCUACGCUGUUUUGUGCCCCUGAUAAUAGCCUGUUUUGAUCUAAAAUGAAAUCAGACAUUCCUAUAUCAGGCCUUAUUUUGUCAUUUGCCUUGAAAUUGAUCCUGUGAAGUUGAGAGAGUUGAGAUAAUGGAAUAAAGGGCUUUCCUGUACAAAACUCAACUUUGUGGGUUAUUCUUACUAUGAAGCACAUGUCCCAAACAUCAUCUAUGUCUUAUGAAUAAACAAUGUUUUUAAAGGUCACUAUUAAGUAAACAGAGUGAUUCAUUCUUUUAGUUUAAAUGCAUGUUGCCAUUUUUUUGUGUUCAUGAUUUUUUUUCUUUUAAAAAAAUUAAAUAUUGCAUAUUCACUUGUGCAUUAUAUGUUAACUGGUAAUCAAUUUUAUUUACACUUUCUAUUUUAUUGGUCUUUUGUGAAAUCCCUUUUACAAACAAAAGCCAGUUUCCCUGAGGACAUAUGUUUGUGCUGCUGUUUGCCAACCAAAAUUAAGUAUUAGCUAUGGAUUUGAAGAAUUGUGUCACUCUAAAACAUUCAGAAUGAACUACAGGUUAAAAAGGGUUAAAGUUUUAAAGAAAUAACUCAAUCCUUCACUGAGCAACGAUUAACUUUAGCUCCAUUGUGUAAAUACUAUAAUGAAUAAAGUUGAAGUGUCUGAUCUUGACCAGAGCAUAUGUCUGAUGGUCCGCUAUACCCUUUUAUAGAAAUACUUCCAUAAUACAGCUGCGGAGUACAAAAGUCCCCUAUAGUGAUUUUAAAAUGUCCAUGUAACUGAAGGAGCAUUAUAAUGCUGAUGGUUUUCCUCCGAUUCACCUUAUGAUGCGGUUGUGUCUGUAAUGUGUUCUCAGACAGAGAACUGCCCCAGAGCUGCUGAUUUGAUCAGAUUUUCAUGUGCUUUGCGUCAGUUCUGUUACUCGAUCCUAAUUGACAGGUGUGGUCAGGCAUUGGUUUGCACAUUCUGGCUCCAGUUUUCCACUGUCAUGCCACACCUACCCAUCAUGCAUCACUGCCAGACAGAUGAGGUUGGCAUAGAUUCUAACAUGCUUUCACUGCUGACGUAAAUCAGACCAGGAGACCCUUGAAAACUACGUCAGUGGGGUUGUAAGGUACAGCUUAACUUUGCUUAUUCAAACGCAUAGCAUGGCAUUAGUCCCACUUUACAUUUGAUUAAUAAUGUUAGCUUUAAUUUUAAAUGUUUCCAGUUUGUUUUUUUUUUUAAAUGCUUCAAAAAUUAUUUAGGCUACCUCAUGAUGUUUCAUUGUUGCUGUUGCAAAUUGAUUGCUACUGGCAUAAACGGGGAUUGAAAUUAACUUUUUCACUCACCAGCCAAUUUGGCUACUAGAUUUUUAAGUUACCCAGCCAUUCAUAACUUCUACUAGCCAAAAAAAAGGAAAGGAAUAAAAAACAAUAGCUUGAGGCUGUCUACACUGGACGUGUAGCGACCUUUGCAAAUCAUUUGUGUCAGUACUAGGGGUGUGUUAUUACUGACAAAAAAUAAUAUCUCUGGGAUUUUAUCAAUAAAGAUAAUUAGAUGAUAUUUUGCUGAGUGUGUUAUUGUGCUG